GUGUCUCCGUUCUCCCUGCUGUUCUUUGGAGGUGACGUCACUAUCCAGAUGGAUCAGGACCAGGAGACCAUCGCUGUGGAUGACUGGAUCGUCUUCCAGUCCCCCGGACGCAUCGCUCACCUCGUCAAGAAUCUGAAGAAGGAGCUGGACUCUCUAUUGGAAGAGAAGAUCCGAAGCCCCGCCCCUGUGGACUGGAGCAACCGCCAAUCCAAAGACUGUGCUGUCAUCACAGCCAUCAUAGACCUCAUCACCACCCAGGAGAGGCCCAACGUUAMCGCGAGGAACACUGCCCCUAGAGGACGUCACCAGUACUACAACAACGAUGAUGGUGGUGACCAGUACUAGAACUGCUGCAUCUCUUCUCAACCCAGAGAAAAGCUCAGGCCAUAGAGAUGGAAAGAGGUCUCCACUUUGUAUCUGUGCCAUAAUGGCGCUGCCCAUGCUAUCUCCGUUUGAACAAAGUGUCAAGCUAAUGUUGGUGAUUUACYGCCACUUGCAGAGCUGGAGUCUUAAAYUAAAUAUUGUGUUAUUUUGGCGAUAUAGCUUAACGCCAUUUACCAACUAGGCAAACCAAUUUGAAGACCAUGCUCUGGUCAUUCCCAUAGGAAUCCCCCACCCAGUUGACUACUUUAAAAUGGUGGAAGCCGUCAAUGUCCAUGCAAAWUAGUUUCCAAGUAGAGAUCUCUAUACAUUUCUAUUGGAUAUGAGUCCAGUCAGGUUGGUAUGUGAAGAAAAAGUCCCCGAACGACAAACUAUUUGAAUUUAAUUCUGUAAGCCAACUGGAAAAGGCUGAGCAUGUAUUUUUGCAUUUGUUAAGAACAAUUAUGUGAAACUAAGUUGUAUGGAAUGCUGUUUUGUUGAUAUUGCUUGACAUUCUCAUGUUGUCAAAUGGCCUACUUGGCUGACCAAUGGUUCACUUGCCGUUGUUUUCUAUUCAGUUUUUGUUCAAAUAUUUUAAUCUUCUCCCUGAAGCUGAACCAUUAAAGCUGACCUUAUUGCAGUG